GGCUGGUGCAGGUCAGGCGGUAUAUUCGUCUGUGUGAUGACGUGAGCGUGGGACGUUCUCUCACGAGUGUGCGUCGUUUACCUUAAGAUUCGCGCGUGUCGUUCUCUAUACUGACACUUCUCGCUAAUAAGAGAGCGUGAAUCGAUCGAAUCAAGAGAGCAAGCAGGAGAGCGAGCGAACGGUUGGUACAAAUCCUUACGUAAUCGCGUCAGAGGCGGCGUGUCAAAGAUGACCUUGGCAGUUUUCUAUCGACGGACCGUUGAUUCGGUUGCAUCGCGGAAGCGAAGUUGGAGAUGAUGCCGACGAGAAGCUGCCACGCCUGGUCUUUACUUUGAGACGAGAUCUCCCAGGGAAAGGGAGAUGUCACGAGUUGCCUACCCGCGAAAGUGCAAGCGUAGUGCGAAGAGUUGAGAGAGAAAGAGUAACCACGUGGAACACGCGCCGGUUGAGAGAUGACGGUCACCUACACUGCCGAAGUAGCCACUUGUAGAGGCCUUGGUUGCUUCCUCAAACUUUUACUAAGAUGGCGAGCAAGCGUUUACAAACUCGUCUGGAUCGAUCUGGCGCUCUUCCUCUUCAUCUACUACUCUUUGUCUGGUGUCUACCGAUUACUGCUGAACGAGGAACAGAAGAAGACGUUCGAAUCCGUGGUGGCGUAUUGCAAUGCAUACAGCGAUCUCAUACCGUUGUCGUUCGUCUUGGGUUUCUAUGUCAGCAUCGUAAUGACUAGAUGGUGGAAUCAAUACAUGGCGAUACCAUGGCCUGAUAGUAUCGCGGUCUACGUAUCGUCCACUAUACACGGAAAUGACGAGCGCGGUCGCUUAAUGCGCAGGACGAUCGUUAGAUACGUAUGCGUUUGUCUGACUCUGGUUUUAACGAUGGUUGCACCGCGGGUGAAGAAGAGGUUUCCCACUAUGGAGCAUUUCGUAGAUAGCGGUCUGCUCUUGGAGAACGAAUUAUCGAUAUUUCAGAGCCUAAACACAAAAUUUCCCAAACCGAGCAAACACUGGCUGCCUAUAGUUUGGGCCGCGAGUAUUGUGACCCGCGCUCGAAGGGAAGGUCGGAUUCGGGACGAUUUCGCAGUGAAGACGCUUGUUGACGAACUCAAUAAAUUUCGCGGCAUGUGCGGCAGUAUUUUACACUACGACACGAUCAGCGUCCCGUUAGUCUACACACAGGUCGUAACGUUAGCUGUAUACACAUACUUUCUGACCAGCGUAAUGGGUCGUCAGUGGAUUCAGAAGUCGGAGUCGAACAUUGAUAUGUACUUCCCAGUGUUUACGACAUUACAGUUCUUUUUUUACAUGGGCUGGCUGAAAGUAGCCGAAACUCUAAUCAAUCCGUUCGGCGAGGAUGACGACGAUUUUGAAGUGAAUUGGUUAAUCGAUCGCAAUUUGCAAGUAAGCUACUUAAUCGUGGACGAAAUGCAUCACGAGCAUCCUGCCCUCAUACGUGAUCAGUAUUGGGACGAAAUAUUCCCCACGGAGCUGCCAUACACCGCUGCAGCGCAACCCUUUCGCGAGGAACACCCUCAACACUCAACAGCUAACAUACAAUUAUCCGCCGCGCAACAAGAACUGCAACCAUCGUCGGUUAAAAUCGAGGAUUUGGCACCGGAUUAUCAGCAAAAGUUCAAUCCCGAUCUUGCUGAUGAUGCCGCGUCGGGAAUACAUUUCACUGUAACCGGCAAAAUGUCUCGAAGUGGUACAGAAAGCACCGAUCUUAGUAAUGAUGGAUUAAUAAGGAGUGCCAGUAGAGUGAGUACCCGCAAUCUCAGUGGUGGUUCAACUCCCAGCAUCUUAGGUGGUUCGCUCACGAGGGUAAACAGCGUCACCAGUGUACUGAAGCGAUUGUUUAGCAGAGAAGACAGGCCGGAUGGUGGUCAUACAAGCGAUACUAAAACUCCAGGAAAGAUUCCUCCUUCAAGUUCGGCUGCAUCGUUACAAGUUCGCCCACCUGGUGCAGGUGGUUCUAUGAGGAUAGGCGUCAUCGAGGAAGUGGACGAGCAAAUGACACUCACAUCGUUAAAACAAUCGAAUGAUAGCGGCAGACCUCAUGUACAAAGUAUAUUUGCGCAAGGCCCGCCGCCGCCGAGUGAUCCCGUCGACGUUCCCGGUGGCGCGCAAUCUCGCAAACGAGAAAUAUUUUCUACGAGCGCACCUCCUUUUUCUACAGGAAAAGAAGGUCUAACGAAAACUGGAAGUUCAGGAUCCGACAAUAUGCAUGAAAGGCAAAGAUCUUUAAGGACACAAGAAUCCAGACACUCGAUGCCAUCAAGCGUAGUUUUCGAGCCGGCAAGUUACACUGAAAGUGGAAUAAACGAUGAUGCAGCCAGUAUAGUGAGCUCUUCAUGUUCCAGUGAGACAUCUCCAAACGAAUUUAAGAAAUUAAAAACUGAGAGAAAAGAACGAAGGCGUAACCGUAGAUUUGUACGAAGCAUUAGUGGGCAAAUCAAUGCACUGAUCGGCAAUCAGUCGAGUCCUCCCGAUUCAGAGACCCUUUUGCUGACAGAAUUAGCAGACAGAUCGCGAUUCUGCAUGACGAGAAGCGAACACGAGGAAAGUGAUCAGUAGUAGGAAAAUAGGUUGUUAUUACAUCGAAAAUGACUGGCCUAAACAAGCUUUAGUUUAAAAAAUAGAAUUGAAACAAAAAGUAUGAUCAUACAUCACCGCACAUAAAUGGCAUAAAUUUUUUACACGUUUUUGAUGUACUUAUAAUACAAUAUCUCGUGAAAAUUGUUCCAUUAUAAUUAUUAUUAGUCAAGGUAAAAUAUAGCGAUUAUACAAGUAUUAUUUUUAUGUCAAUUGCGAAGUUUUCUAAUUUAAUUUCUUGACAUCCUUUUGAACUCAGCAGGAUAGCUUCUAUAGCUUUAGCAAUGUAAAGUUUGUAAAAAAUUAAGAAUUGUUUUACAUGGGUUUAAAUAUGUACAGGAUGAUUAUUAUUGAUACUAUUGUACAACUUACGAGGAGCUUCUAAUUAAAAAAUAAGUUAAAAACUUAAGAUUAAAAUAUU